AUGGCGCUGUCGCGCGCGGAGCGCUGUCUCGCCUUGCUGCUGCGGCUCCUGUCGCGCGCCUGCCUCGCGCUGCUCGCGCUGCUGCCGCCGCCGCGCGCCGGCCCCGCGCGCACCGCUCCGCGCGCCGUCCCGCCGCCGCGGCACGCGCUCCUGCUGCUGCCCGCGCGGCGCCUCGCGGAGCUGCUCCGCGCGCGGCAGGUGGCGUGCGUGGAGGUGGUGGAGGCGUACGUGGAGAGGAUCAAAGAGGUGAAUCCCCUCAUCAAUGCCGUGGUUAAGGACAGGUUCGAGGAGGCCCUGCAGGAAGCCCGGCAGGUUGAUAAGCUGCUUGCGGAGGGUCCUGGUGAUGACUGCCUGGAGGAGAAGUUCCCCUUGUUGGGAGUUCCCAUCACCGUUAAGGAGGCCUUUUCUCUUUAUGGGAUGCCCAACACCUCUGGCUUGGUCAACCGCCGCAAUGUGAUCGCCACCUCGGAUGCCACUGUGGUGUCACGGCUGAAGCAGGCAGGUGCCAUCCCGCUGGGUGUCACCAACUGCAGCGAGCUCUGCAUGUGGUACGAGUCCAGCAACAGGGUCUACGGGCGGACCAACAACCCCUACGACCUGCAGAGGAUUGUGGGCGGCAGCUCAGGUGGGGAGGGCAGUGUCCUGGCAGCUGCCGGCUCAGUGGUAGGUGUGGGCUCUGACAUCGGUGGCAGCAUCCGAAUGCCCGCCUUCUUCAAUGGAGUCUUUGGCCAUAAACCCACAACAGGGGUGGUGCCCAACGACGGCCAGUUCCCCAACGCUCAGGGAGUGCGCACCAGCUACCUGUGCACGGGGCCCAUGUGCCGCUACGCAGAGGACCUGGAGCCUGUGUUGAGAGUCAUGGCCGGCCCUGGGGUCAGCAAGCUGAAACUGAAUGAGAAGGUGGCACUGGAGAAAAUCAAAUUCCACUGCAUGGAUCAUGAUGGUGGGUCCAUUUUUGUAUCACCUGUGGACAAGGAGAUCUUGCAGGCCCAAAAGAAGGUGGUGGAGCACCUUGAAAGUGACCUUGGAAUCCGGGUUCAGCAUGUGGCAAUCCACAAGAUGAAGUAUUCCUUCCAGAUCUGGUCAGCCAUGAUGUCAUCCAAGGACAGUGAGGGACAGGUUGGUAAGUCAACCAAGCAGGGGCCAUCCUGCCUUUCUCUUUGCCCCACGCUGUGUCUUCUGACUUGUAGGCUGGGAUUAACACCCUUGGGGAUGCCAAGACAGGAGGCACAAAGAUUCACAGACCUGCUGGGGGACCAUGGGAAGCCAGUGUGGCCGCUGUGGGAGCUGAUGAAGUGGCUCGUGGGGAUGUCUUCUCACACUCUCCCGGCUAUCGCCCUGGGACUGACAGAGAAGCUGGUGAACCUCAACCUCAGUGGGAAGGCCAAGCUGGUGAGCAUGGGGAAGAGCUUACAGGAGGAGAUGGAGGCACUGCUGGGGCCAGAUGGGGUGCUCCUCUACCCCUCACAUCCCACCAUCGCCCCCAAGCACCACUCCCCCAUCUGCAUGCCCUUCAAUUUUGCCUACACAGCCAUCUUCAAUGUGCUGGGCCUGCCGGUGACGCAGUGCCCGCUGGGGCUGGGCCGCGAGGGGCUGCCGCUGGGCAUCCAGCUGGUGGCGGCCUCCUACAAUGACCACUUGACGCUGGCGGUGGCCCGGUACCUGGAGAAAGCCUUUGGAGGAUGGGUUUUGCCAGGGGAAGUUUAACAGGGACAGAGGCAGUGACAAGUGCUAAUGCUUGAUCCCGUCAUGGCACUGCCUGCUCCCUCUGCAUCCCCCUACACCCUGCUGGGAGUGGCUGGUGGUGUCUCCAGCGCAGGAACAGCUGGACCGCUGCCACUGAGUCCUCAUCCCUGUGGCACCCUCUGUCAGGGAGAGACCUGCCUUUCCCGAGCCCCUCAGGAGCCCCAGUGCCACAGUCUGAGGAUGCCCUGCCUGCAGUGGGCACCCACCCACCUUUUCCAGACCAUGGAGUUGGCCAACUCUGUAACCUUUCUGCUUUCAAAGUGCUGCGUGAGAGCUGGGCAGAGGACGUGCUUCCAGAUUGCGGAGGGCAGCUGUGCAGCACCCCUCAGGGCUGCCUGGGCCCUGGGGGUCCUCCUUGGCCUGACCCUGCCCACGGGGCUGGACUGUGCCUGCUGCACCCAGGCUUGCUAGCCCCCCCAGUCCUCCCAGUCUUCUGCAGGCUUGCCCCCACCCUUUGACCAAAAAGGGAGGGGGGCUGGAGGAGCCAUAGGCCUGCCUCACCAACAGCGCUUUGUGCGGUGGUGGAUGCUGGACUCUGCAGUGUGUGCAGCUGUCAGGCACAGCUGGGAGCAUUUCAGCACUGGUAUUCAGCCAGGUAUUAAAGAGCUUGUCCAGUCUA